GCACGAAGUCGUGGCUGCAGGUUGCCCUCCUUCUUUUAGUAUACGAAGUCGCAAAGUCUGCGGCCUUCAGAGGAACGCUGCACUCUGUAAAUCGAGAUUACCAAGCACGACCGCACUCCCUCGGUGGACGUCCUUCAAUCCAGUAUCCAAUCACAAGUCCCUUUUGCAGCCGACGUUUUCAAUAAUACAAUUGUCGUGUGGUCAAAUCCAGUAUUACUCGAGGUAUCCUCUGCAGAGACAGAGACAGAGACCCAGGGAAGACGCCAAGUACAAACCAUUGGGCUGGCUCUACAAGGCGAAUAAAGGAUUGAUCCGAGACGUACCUCACGACGAACAGACCAACGCAGGCCUGAUACAGACAUUCCUCGAGCCUCAACAGGCUCGGCAGACGAAGCAAUGCCCCCCCGAAAAUCCACAUCGUCCACAAGUGCACCCACCGAGGUCAAUGGCGAUGUCUCCAUGAUCUCAAAUGCGACAGCCUCUUCUACAUCACACGCACAUCCCAACCCCAGCUCAAGACAGUCGCGACCGUCGGGCGGAGCAAAGCAAGAUGAUGGCGUUAGUAUAGAUGAUCUCCUCCUCCCUCGCAGCCUUGUAUCACGACUCGCCCGUGGUGUAUUACCAGCCAAUACCUCGAUUCAAAAAGACGCCACGCUCGCGCUCGCCAAGUCUGCGACCGUGUUUAUAUCCUACCUAACGCACCACGCGAACGAGCAGACGAGCAAAAAGACGAUAGGUCCGCAGGAUGUGAUUAAGGCGCUGAGUGAGAUUGAGAUGAGCGGCGUGAUGGGGUUGGGUGCUGCGGGCAAGGAUGGACGGCUAGGGGCCAGGUUAGAGAAAGAACUUGAAGCGUAUGAGGAGAUUGUAAGAGGCAAGAGGAAGGGGUAUAGGGAUAAAGUCAAGGCCAGGGAGAGUUUAGGAGAGGGACAAGAGGAAGAGGAGAGAGGUGAGCCAACUAACAAGAAGGUUAGACGGAUGAGUGAAGAUGGAAGAGUACAAGAGGAUGAAGAGGAGGACGAGGAGAGGAUGUUGGAGGCGCAGCUCAACGGAACAGGGAUGGUUGAGGAGGACGAGGAGAAAGGGAAGGGGAAGAACACAGACGCGAUGUUUGUCAAUGGGAAAGAGGAUGCAGAGGAAGGAGACGGAGAAGAUGAGGGGGACGACGAGCACGAUGAUGAUCAGGAAGAAGAGGAUGAAGACGAGGAGGAACCAGAUGAAGAAGAGGACGAGAAUGAGGCCGAUGGUGCCGACGAAACGGACGAAAGGCCCGACAGAGAUGGCAGAGGCAGCAUAUCACUCAUGCCUGAUGGCAAUGUGGAGAUGAGGAGUGAUGAUGAGAGCGACUGAGUUUGUUAUUCCUCGUCGACGAAUUUCUACGGUUAUGUCCCAUGGAGUUCCGAGUUACAUGAGCCUUCGGAUGGCGGUACGCUGGGCUCAGCUAUACCUCCAACUUCAUCCACGCUUCGCGUGGUAUCUUCCUUCUGCCAAGCUCAAUAACCUGCAGCGGCGCAAGGACGCUGUAGCUGUGGACAUAUCUCAAGUUACCAUUCUGGAUGUCGUGCUCUGGUUCGCCCCCUUCUUGCAAAGCGAAAUCAAAGAACCAUCGCUCCUCGCCUCUGUAACCCUCCUUGGCACGCUGCUUGGGGACCUCGUCGCGCAGGAUACGAGCGAUGAAUUCACGGAAUGAUAGGAUGGCAGCUUCUGCAUCCAAAGUUACCGUCGUGUGUGCGGCGGCAAGGCGGACUCGAGGCGGUGGUGACGAUGCAGACCGAGAAGAAGUACCCUGCACGACGAGGUCGACAAGAAUCCAGUCGUCGUCGUCUACAUCAUGCUCGGUCGUUGUGUUUCUUGCAUGCAGAAACAAUGCUUUUGGAAGACGGCCCUGUCCAUCUGAUGGCGGAUGGGGAUAAUCAAAUCCUGUUUGACUUUGACACGGCGCUGAUCUCCAAGGCCAUGCCUGUUCACGUUUGGCAUUCGGCUGUCUGAGCAGCAUACCAUGGUCAGAGAGGCGUUCGAUUACGUUGCGCUCAGGCUCAGGCUCACACUCCCGCUCCCGCUCCAGCUCCUCGUUCCGGGCCCGGGCAAAAUGCAACAGUCUUUGCAUGCUCCGCCAGAGGUCUGCGAGAUCACUUUCGACAUCGAACAUGGUGGGCAUGGGGGGCUCGGGACCCCAGGGUGCCUUGCGCGUCUCGUCCGUCUCUUUCACGUAGAAGCUAUCGCCGACGCACACGAGGGCGAGGUCUGCAUCGUACCAUGACAUCGAGUCCGGAGUGUGGCCUGGAGUGUGAAGCACAGUGAUGCGACUGGAUAUGGAUAUGGAUGUAGAUAUAGAAGAGACAGGAGCAACCGAGUCCGAGUCUUUGGACGUGUCACUGAAGUGCCAUUGAACCUCUGAGAGGUCUUCGGCCCAAGUGAUGGCAUAUCUCGGAGCAUAGAGACCGACCGAGCUGCUCAGGCUGUGUCUUUGUAGGUUGGCAUAGGGCG